AUGGCAGCAGUAAAUUUCACCAUGGACUCCACAGUGACCUCUCCGAACCAGAGCAGCUGUGAUGUGUUUGUCUACCAAAGAGCUGCAGUGGUCCUCUUCCCUAUUUUCUACUCUGUGGUUUUUAUCAUCAGUGUUUGCAGCAACAGCUUGGUUCUCUGUGUCAUCUGCCAGAGGAAACAAAAGUUCAACUCCACCUCAAUUUAUUUGGUCAACCUCGCGCUGUCUGAUGCUCUGUUCACGCUGGCGCUGCCUGGCAGAAUUACGUACUACAUUCGUCACUUUGACUGGCCCUUUGGUGACCUUCUGUGCAGACUGACCACACUUCUCUUCUUUGCAAAUACUUAUGCAGGUAUUGGCUUCAUGACCUGCAUCAGCUUGGACAGAUACCUGGCCAUGGUGCAUCCACACCGGCUGCAGUGUUUGCGCAGUGUAAACGUUGUCCGUAUCUGCUGUCUGGUCUGGGCCCUGGUGUUUUUGGAGACAGCUCCUCUGUUGCUCCGCAACAUGCUUCAUUUGCAUGAGGGCAAACGUACCUGCAUGGAGUACUUCAACUUUGAGGGAUCACGCUUCACCCCUUAUCUCCUGAUUUUGGCCUGUGUUGUCUCGUUCUGCUGUCCCCUGACCAUCAUUAUGGGCUGCUACGCCAAGAUCAACCUGAAACUGCGAGACACAGCCAAGAAGAACUCCAUGACAGGCCGGUCGAGACGAAACCACAGGGCCAACACAAUUAUUCAUCUCAUCCUCCUCACCUUUAUCGUCUGUUUCAGCCCCUACCACCUCAACAUAAUUCAGUUCAUGUGCAGAAAAAUAAACCACCAGCCAACCUGUGAUGAACUGAGAACUUUCAAGAUGUCUUUGCAGAUUACGGUCUUGCUAAUGAAUUUCAAUUGCUGCCUGGAUCCCGUCAUCUACUUCUUCGCCAUAAAGACAUAUAAGAAGCGGGUGAUGAGCAUGUUUAAGGACUAUCUCUCUACAUCCGGUGCCUCCUCCAAAGCGGCAGCUGAAAAUAGCAGUAGCAACACCUGA